AUGAGUAAUUUCGAACAAUUCUACAACGAUAUUAAAGCUACUGAAAAGGAAGAUGCUGUUCUUACAUCACAACAGCAAUUGGAUCGGCUCCUUCGUCCUGGUUCAACAUACUUGAACUUGAAUCCAUUCGAGGUCCUCCAAAUCGAUCCAGACACUGAUAUCGAAGUAGCUAAAAAGAAGUUUAAAAAACUGUCGUUACUCAUUCACCCCGACAAAAAUCCCGACGACCGCGAUAGGGCUGAUCAAGCUUUCGACAUUAUCAAGAAGGCAAUGAAACAAAUAGAAAAUCCACUUGAACUGAAUCGAUGUAAAGAUUGUUAUACCGAGGCUCGCGCGCGACUUUCUAUAGUGAUGUCUGAAAAAAGAAGAAAAGUCAAAAAGGAAACCGGUUCCAACGAGAUAGAAGAAGAUGACCCUGAGGUAUACAAAAAACAGCUUUGGAUAACAGUAACCAAAGUCUUUGCUGACCGAGAAAAGAAAAGGAAGAUGCUGGAGGACCGUGCAAAUGAAGAAAAACGUCGUGCUGCCGAGACCAUUCAACAAGCUGCAGAAAAGCGAAAACUUGCAGAAGAAUUUGCUAAAAACUACGAGGAGUCUCGUGAUGAGAGAUCGGGCAGUUGGCGUAACUUCCAAGCAAAGAAGGCGAAACGCGCAGAAGAUGGAAAAGUAAUGCGAGGAGCUGCGUUUCGUCCACCAAAACAAAAACUGCAGAAAUGA